AUGGUGCUCAACGCUUCAGAUUAUGUUACGGAGCCCAAAAUCGAACCGCACGAGGAAAAAUCUCAUCCAGAGCCGAAAUUGGAGCCACUGGAACAUCCAAUUCCGUUACAAGAACCAAAACUAGAGCCUCCAGAUGAAAUGGAAUGGAUGCAACCGAAAAUUGAGGCAAUUGAUGAUUUUGAGACAAAUUAUCAGCCACCAAAUGAGUAUCAGGAGAUUCUCGAGCAUCAAUUCGAGCAGAAGCCAGGAAUAAUUGAUGAUAGUCAGCCAUCCACGUCAUUGCAAGAUUGUAAAACGGAAUUUGGGCAUGUUGACCACGCAGUUAGAUCCGAAACCAAAACAUGCACAUUAUGCUCCGCCACUCAACAACGCGACAAAAUGAGAGCAGUCACUUCUAAAAUGCAACGAACAAUUCUGAUAGUUGCACGACUACUCCAAUCUCUUAUUACAAUGAAGGAAGCGAAGGAAUUGAUGUCGGAAACUCACAAUGUUGUAUGCGAAUCUCAUUUUGAGGAAUCAGUUGGUAUAUUUGAUGUUUCCUAUGGCAAAAAAGAGUUGAGAAGUCUUGUAAAAGAAUUAAGACCUGGCAUCAAAUUUGGAGAUUUCAUACAGGUGAUUCAAAGGUUUCUAGGAAAACAGGGAGAGAAAAUGCAACAUGUGGCAAAGAUCAAACCUGCUAGCAUUCCCUGCAAGACAACACAUAAGCCUCCUCAAGAAACCGAUGGUCACUGCUCCCUAUGCUCCAAGUGCCAACCACUAUCGAUCAUGUCGAAAAUCCCAAAUGUAGAUCACAUCCUUGUCAUCAUCAUUGGUUCCAUCCUCCGCCAAACUUACACCAUCGGUCAAGCUCAAAUAUUCUUGCAACUCGUCGACACAUGCUACAUCUGUCAUGAACACUUCCCGUCAGCUUGUCAGGAGAUUUGUAAAUUCCUUGGAAUCGAAGAUUUACGUCUUGUUUCCACGUGUGAAAUGGAUCGGCUCAAAGAGCUCAUGCAGAGUGUCAACCGCGUGUUCCCUGGCUACUCAGAUGCAAAAGUCGAAGAAAUUGUCAUUAGAUUCUAUGAAACGUACAAGAAAGUGAUUGAAGCGACUCCUCGCCCGCCAGCAAUCGUUCCAGCAAAACCUACUCCAGCUAUUGCUCAAAAACCCCCAAAUGCGCGUUAUUUGCAAUGUGCCCUCUGCUCAGAACCCAAAAGUCGGAGUGAACAGAAAAAAGUGUUUGGUGGAGAUCGAUUGGUGAUAAUAGUUGGACAUGUGCUACUCGGAAUCUACAGUAUCCCUCAGAUGAAGAAGAUGGUGGAGGGGAAGAAGGACAUUAUUGUCUGUCAUUCCCACUUUUCGGAUGCUUUGAGAGGAAUUCUCGAGACUCUAGCCGUUGAUUCGGUUGAGAAUAUUUGGAAGAGCCCAAUGAAUCGUAUUCGUUAUAUGAUGGAAACUGUCACUGCGUUGAGUCAUUUGUCUCAGGCGUCUCAUUUAUAUUUUAUCACUUUUCUAGAGAAAUUUAAAUUGAAAUAUUCUGAUAUCUUGUCCAAAUGA